AACUUCUUUGCUCCCUCACCACCACUCACCGAGCGAGCGAGAGAGAGAGAGAGUCUGAGAACUAGAAAGAAACAAAAAAAAAAAAAAAAAAAAAGAGAGAAUAUAACUUUUUUUUUUUUUUUUGUCCUUUCUACAAAUUAACAUGUGCCCAACGAAGCAAAAGCAUCGUACCAGCUCCGGAGCCCGAACCUCCCGAUCCAACGAUUCCAUCUCCACCAACACCACCACCACCACCACCAAGACAAUGGUGGAGUGGAUAUCCGAAGCGAUCAACGGUGGAUCCCUCCGCCACGUGGACCUCCACACAGGAACAAACGGCUGGGCUUCACCGCCAGGCGACCUCUUCUCUCUCCGCUCCAAAAACUACCUCACAAAACGAACCAAAUCGCCUUCCGGCGACUACCUACUCGCGCCGGCCGGAAUGGACUGGCUCAAAUCGAGUACCAAGCUCGACAACGUACUCGCCCGCCCGGACAACCGUGUAGCUAACGCGCUCCGCAAGGCUCAGUCCCAAGGCAAAUCGUUGAAAUCGUUCAUACUCGCCGUGAAUCUCCAAAUUCCAGGUAAGGACCACCACAACGCUGUCUUCUACUUCGCCACAGAGGAGCCUAUACCCUUCGGCUCGCUCCUCCACCGGUUCGUCCAUGGCGACGAUGCGUUCCGGAACCAGCGGUUCAAGAUCGUGAACCGGAUCGUCAAAGGCCCGUGGAUCGUUAAAAAAACGGUUGGAAGCUACAGCGCGUGCUUGUUAGGGAAGGCGCUGACGUGUAACUACCACAGAGGAGCCAAUUACUUAGAGAUCGACGUCGAUAUCGGAAGCUCCGCCAUAGCUAACGCCAUUCUUCACCUCGCAUUGGGGUACGUGACGAGCGUAACGAUCGACAUGGGGUUUGUGGUGGAGGGGCAAGCGGAGGAUGAGUUGCCGGAGAGGCUUUUCGGGGCCGUUAGGGUUUGCCAGAUGGAAAUGUCGUCAUCUACGGUCGUCGAUGCUGUUCACGCGCCGCCAAAUUCGCGUGGGCUGGGUUUUGCUAAGGUGAAUCACCAUAAAUCCGAAAAUCUUGAUGAUGAUGAUGAUAAUAAGUAAUAACGAUGAUCGUUAAUGAGGAAGAAAAUGAAAUAUAUAUAUUAUUUUUUAUGGGGAUUAUUUACUUUAGUUGUGUCGAGGUUUUUUUUUUUUUUUUGGGGAAAUGUAACGAGGAUCAUGUAAUUUUUAGUCCCCUUUUUAAUGGGGAUUGGUGGAUGAUGUAGAUGUAAAUGGCAACAAAACAAAUAACAUUGCUCUGAUUUCCUCU